AUGAAACAGAAGCAGUCUGAAUAUUCUAUAGAAUUGCUGAAAGCAAUUUAUGGACUUUUAUGGCAGUUAAAAGAAGAUGACAGUUCUGUAAAAUCUAUGCCCAAAGUAAAUUCCCUUGCUUCACCUGAUGAACAUAUUAUGGUUAGCUAUAGUCAUAAGGAGAAGGAUAUGGCCGUAGAAUUGAUCAAGCAUUUGAAAGAAAAAGGUUACAAGGUGUGGAUUGAUGCAGAUGAUAUGAAAAAUACUGAUAAUAUACUGGAUGGUAUGGCUGAAGCAGUGGAAAAAGCCUAUGUUAAGUCCUAUACAAAACGUGAAAUAGAAUAUGCAUUUAAACUGGGCAAACCGUUAAUUUUUCUACGCGCUCAGCCAGAUUACAAACCUGAUAGUUGGUUAGGCCUUAUGUUAGGCACACAAGUAUAUAUCGAUAUCUCGGGAAAGUAUCCCUUUGAAAAGUAUUUUAGCGAUUUGUGCAGAAGACUUGACAAAUAUCUUCCAAAAACAGGAACAGAUUGCAUUCCAACACAAUCCUCUUCUGCGAGUGAAAGCAAAGAGUGA